AUGUCUUACCCGAUAGAGUUUCGGGAAGACGAGAAGCGACGCACUGUACAGCCCAUCAACCUCUCCAAUGCGUCGACUCAAGCCCAGUCGCCAUUUCUCUCAAAGCUUCCUCUUGGAGUCCGGCGCGUCAUUUACAGUCAGCUAUGGUCCCUCAACGGUCUGGAGCAGCAUAUUUUCGCCGAAACGGUGUGGGACGACGAACUGAUGACUCAGGGACCACAUCUGCCGCCGGGGGACAGCAUACCAACAAUGUCCGAGAGCUGGAAUAGCGAGGGCCAAGGGGAUGAAUUUCACCUGAAUUCUCAAAGCGAUGAGAAGUCCCGAGAAGCGAGUAUAUUAGACGCAGACGCACUUGAGGAUAUCGACAGGGAAGAUGACAGUGCCAGCCACACAGACGGGAGUCUGAUCGAUGCCAACAUUGAGAACGGCUCCGACCACGACAUAGACGACUAUUUUGCACACCACCCUGACAGUUCUCCCUACAUCUCACCGGCCCACAGCAUGGCCGACUCAUCGCGCACCCCCUCUGUCAGAGCCACCUGCUUCCCUUCUCCGUCCUCGCCUCUGCCCACGCAGGUGGGCCACAUCCGCCGCAUACGCUGCACAACCGACUACGCCCUUCCAGACAUAUCCUUACCCAGUCAUUCAUCAGCACUGUUUGGCAAGACGGCCGAGCAUCUUUGGCGCCAUGACUCAUCCUUCGUCGACGGGACGGAGCCCGUCUGGGAGGAGACGUGCUACUGGUGCAAGGCAGCGUACGAAUGCUUAUUUGACAGAUACGGCGAUCCAGAUCCUCCCCAGGAACGUUCCGAUUUCAUGGCGAUGCUCCUCGUCUGCAAGAGCAUGUACGGCGAAGUGCUGCCAAGUAUCAUGGAAGACUUUCCCAUGAUACAUCUCAUCCGGCGGAUCAUUGCGCUCUGGGAUAUCAGGCACUCAUUCAACCCCCAGCUCGCCAAGUGGCAGGCGAGUCUUCCACGGCUGGCCGCGAUGGAGAAUCUGAGGGAGCUAGAGAUGUGGAUGGAUUACAGCCGGGCGUGGUUCAAUGACGAGGAGCGUCUUGAGAUGGAGGAUCCCCGACGGGCCAGAAUAUGGGCUAUGGCGCCCGAAAACGUGCAUCUGCGCGUGACAUAUCCGAAGAGGGUGGCGGAAAGCUAUUCGCACGAGCCCGAGGACGCAGCGCCAUAUCUGGUUAGCUGCGGCGACGUGCUGGAGCUUCAGCUGGCUUUGGCAUACCCAGAUAAAGGCAAACAGAAAAUGUCCACGCUCAAGGGCCUGUAUGGCAAACGCGACGAUGGCGGGGUCGAAUCCAACUACGGAGUAGACUAUAUCGUCCACCACAAGAUCCCAGCGGCGGAGCGCGAGGCUGCCGAGGCCGCCUUCAUCCAGCUCAUCACCGCCCUCACAAAGGUUGGUCUCGCCACAGAGGUCCGCCAUGGUGAUGGCACAGACCUCCUCGUCUUUGUCAAGAUUGCCUCGCCAGAGUACCUAGCGAAGCACAUCUACCGCGCUCGUCUGCAGGAUUGGCUCCAGGGCGUGCGCUCAGACAGCCCUAACAAGGACAUCUCGCAGGCGCUCGAGGACGAGCCCGUCACCGAGGCGGAGCGAUCGCGGCUCGUCUACCUGAUCCUCACAAAGCCUACGGAAGACGGCGGUGCAGGCAUCACGCCGGGCAAUGGCAGCUGGAAGUACGUGGCAAGCAUCUUUCCCCUGCACAACCACGCCUUCAACAAGGCCUGGAUCCAGAAGUGGAGUCGCAAGUACCUCCUGGACCAAACCGACCUGGACGAGAUUCGCAACAAGUUUGGCGAGGAUGUGGCCUUUUACUUUGCCUUUACGCAGUCAUACUUCCGCUUUCUCAUCUUUCCCUCGGCGGUAGGCCUCACGGCCUGGUUGUUCUUUGGUCAAUUUUCCAAGGUAUAUGCGCUCCUGAGCUGCCUCUGGUCCGUCGUCUUCUUUGAGUACUGGAAGAAGAAGGAGCAGGAUCUCGCCGUCUCCUGGGGCGUCCGCGGCGUAUCCAACAUUCAGCGUCCCCGACCAGAGUUUGAAUGGGACUACGAGAGGGAGGACGCUGUGACGGGCGAAAAGGUCAAGGUCUACGACCCCAUGAAGAGACUCAAAACGCAGCUGCUGCAGGUCCCCUUUGCACUGGCCUGCGUCGCUAUCCUCGGUGGUCUGGUCGUGACCUGUAACUCGCUCGAGGUCUUCAUCAACGAGGUCUACACCGGCCCCGGCAAGCAAUUUCUGCCCUUUCUACCCACUGGCAUCCUAUGCACAAUGACGCCACUCUUAUCCGGGUUCUUGAUGAAGGCGGCUGAGACUCUCACGACGUGGGAGAACUAUGAGAAUGUGGACGCCUACAACGCGGCUCUCGUCCAGAAGCAGUUCGUCCUCAACUUCAUGACCUCCUACAUGGCCCUCCUCUUCACGACAUUUGUGUACAUCCCCUUUGGCCACAUCCUCGUGCCCUUCCUCAACUUCUGGCAAGCCACUGCGGAGACCCUCACAUUCUCCGAGAAGCCCCUGCCCACAAAGACGUUUGAGAUCAACCCCGCCCGCAUCAGUAGCCAGAUGUUCUACUUCACCGUCACCGCGCAGAUUGUCAACUUUGCCACCGAGGUCGUGGUGCCCUACGUCAAGCGCCAGGCCGCCGACAAGGCAAAGGAGUUUCAGCAAAAGGACAAGCCCAAGGUGCAGGAUCACCCCGAGGAGGCAGAGUUUCUACAGCGGGUGCGCCAAGAGUGUGGUCUCGAAACGUACGAUGUCAGCGGCGACUACCGCGAGAUGGUCAUCCAGUAUGGCUACCUGGCGCUCUUCUCCGUGGCCUGGCCCCUGGCUUCCACCUGCUUCCUCAUCAACAACUGGUUCGAGCUACGCUCCGACGCCGUCAAGAUCGCCAUCAGCAGUCGACGACCCAUCCCCUGGCGCGCCGACUCCAUCGGCCCCUGGAUGACAGCCUUGGGCUUCCUCAGCUGGCUCGGCAGCGUCACCUCGUCCGCCAUUGUCUUCCUCUGCAGCGGCUCCCAGGACGGCGCGCGCGGCACCACCUCGCACAUCACCCUCGCCGGCGCCCUGGGCAGCGUUAUGUUUGCUGAACACUUCUACUUUGUCGUCCAGCUGGUCGUGCGCCACGUCAUGUCCAGACUCGAGUCGCCCGGCGUGCAGCAGGAGCGCAAGGAGCGCUACAUGAUGAAGAAGCGUAUGCUCGAGGAGACGCUGGGGCAGACCGUCGAGGAGAAGGACGCCAUUCCUGGACUGCAAGGUGGUGAGGAGAUUACGCGCGGGGCUUUGGAGGAGGAGGCACGGAAACAAUCGACACAUGGCCACGGGACACCCGAGGAAGCUUUCUGGCAGCGCCAGCGUGGCAUGAACGAGACGAUCACCAUGGGCCGCAGAAUGAUUGAGCAGUCGGUUCAGGGGAAGGGCAAGUCUCAGCAGCAGGCACCCAGGCCCCAGGCCCAGAAGGAGCUGUGA